AAAGGGCAGCUUCCACCUGAGGAGAAAGACAUCUGGGUUUAGUUUUGGGGACUGUGGGCGGAGAUAGCAUUCAACCUGGCCAUGUGUAGUCAGAGAGACCAGUGUAUGAAAACACACGGAGGCAGGAGGGUGGGGGCAGGUUCAGAGGUCAGGAAACAGCCCUGGGUGGCUGGUGGAGGGAAGUGGGCAGGAAAGGUGGGGUGAGAUGAUGAAUGCUCAGAUGGCAGUCUAUUGGUAACUGUCAGUAAAGUGGGCUGUGGAAAGGAAGAGAGCCAGGAACCCCACCUAGUUGCAGUAGGAGCAAUUUUGGAAGCACCUGCUACGAGCAGAGUUUAGAAUGCAGGUGGCAUGUGAAGGGUGGAAAUCUCCUCUGGGAUCAUGAAGCUCAGGAUCCACACUGGGGACUCCUUUGGUAGAAGUCAAGGAUCAGGAGAUGGGUGAGAUGACUUUCCACAUCUUUGAGGGUUUUCUUCCAAGAGGACAGAUCCUGCUGGGAGACCUGCCUGUCUUGUCCAAACUACCUGUCAUUUACUUGACCAUCCCCAUCCUGGCCUGCCUGUUGCAGGAAGAAUCCUCAUUCCAAACUUCUCCACUAGCCUGACUUGUUGCCUAACCUGACACCUCUCCCAAAUGCCACCUUGUUCCUGUCCUCAUUCCUCUAUUCUGCCCAGCAUUAUUAGACACAUGAGAAAGGAAAGUUCACCGUAUCAGCUCUGAGGUUAACAUGAGGUUUUAUUUGUGGCUAUAUUCAGCCUCAGUCUAGGGCUAGAGUCAGAACUCAAAUUGACCAGGGUCACGGCCAGGUCAGAGGUCAACCCAGAGCCCCAGCUCAGUGCUUAGCCUACACACAGGCUUAGCCCUCAGUCUGUGCCUGAAUUCCAUUCUCAGCAGGUACCUGAGUCUGACUUUCCCAAGAGCUCGCACAUGCACAGCGUAGAUGAGGUGACUACCACACCGUUCCCAGAAACCUAGUCUGUAUCCUAGUGACCCAGGACGCUGCAUGGGUGAGGCUCAUGCCUGCUACCGGGGUCACGCAGCUGUGGUAGAGCUGAGACUAGAACCCAGGACCCCUGCCUCCAAGCCUGCUGUUCCAAAGUCUGUUAUGAGUCUGGGAUGCCUCCAUUUAAGAGCAAAACAAAUGUGUCUGAAUUCUAGAAAGUCCCAGCUGCGAAGAUCUGACUGCAUUCCCCUGCUUUCCAGUGCCAGGCGCAUAGUAGGUGCUCAUCAAACUUGUACUGUCAGGUGCAGAAGGAGGGCCGGUAGCUUGUUCAGGUUUGAGGCUGGAGGAGGCUGGCUUAGUAGGGAAGGAUCCCUAGCCACUGUGAGAGGAAGUACGCAUCUGGGCCUGCCACCUCCCCCUCUCCUCCAGUGCCUGCAGCCACACUCCAGCUGGCCACAUGAGGUCCCUUUCCUCUUUCAGGGGUAAUAAAAGGAAAGUACAUUUUUGGUAGAAAAGUCCCUCCUGCUCCCUGGGAAUCCCCGGUGACCGGAUGGACUACGGGAUAUCCCAGAGGAAGCUGAAGGCGGGGCCUUGCCCUUGCCCCGACCCCCAGCACAAUGCAGCCAGCGUCUCUCACGCUGCACCAGCUGGUCCACAGGGUGCCCCUGAGGUCAUCUCUUCCAGGCCCCUGCCUCCUGGUGUGCCUACAGGAAGCUUCUGCCACCUCUCUAAUGGUAAACAGUAAGUCUGAUGAGCACCUGUUGGGAGCCCAGGCCCAGACCUCUGUGAGAUGCUGUGAAAGGGGAGAGGUAACAAAAUGAGAUGGGUGGGCUGUGGGCGCUUGGCAGGGGGAGCAAGGGUAGCUUGGAAAUAGGGCAAUGGCCCUGGACCAAGGGGAUGAGGACUUAGACUUCAAGCAAAGGCUAAGGUUGGCCAAAAGCUGAGAGUGAGAGGAAAAUGAUGUACUGGGGAGUCAAAGCCCUUUUGGUGAGGACCUUACCACCAUGCUCCCCCUCUCCGUGCCCUUGGUCAUGGCAGGGCAUCCACAGGUCCUGUCCCUAGGCACCUGGCCCUCAGCCCAGCCUGGCCAUGGCGCUGUGCCUGAAGCAGGUGUUCGCCAAGGACAAGACAUUCCGGCCUCGGAAGCGCUUUGAGCCAGGCACACAGCGCUUUGAGCUGUAUAAGAAGGCGCAGGCAUCACUCAAGUCAGGCCUGGACCUGCGCACUGUGGUGAGGCUGCCCCCAGGAGAGAACAUCGACGACUGGAUCGCCGUGCACGUGGUGGACUUCUUCAAUCGCAUCAACCUCAUCUAUGGCACCAUGGCUGAGCGCUGCAGCGAGACCAGUUGCCCAGUCAUGGCCGGAGGGCCCCGCUAUGAGUACCGCUGGCAGGACGAGCGCCAGUACAGGCGGCCCGCCAAGCUCUCGGCACCGCGAUACAUGGCCUUGCUCAUGGACUGGAUCGAGGGCCUCAUCAAUGACGAGGACGUCUUUCCCACUCGUGUUGGAGUUCCCUUCCCCAAGAACUUCCAGCAGGUCUGCACCAAGAUCCUGACCCGCCUCUUCCGUGUCUUUGUCCACGUCUACAUCCACCACUUUGACAGCAUCCUCAGCAUGGGGGCCGAGGCACACGUCAACACCUGCUAUAAACACUUCUACUAUUUCAUCCGUGAAUUUAGCCUGGUGGACCAGCGGGAGCUGGAGCCACUGAGGGAGAUGACAGAGCGGAUCUGUCACUGAGCCCAGAUCUGAAGUUGUUGCCUGUCAGAUGGACCAUGUGAACACAGAGUGGCUGGGGAGAGGACCCUCAGAAGUGCCUGGGAUCCCUCCACACACACAAAGGGCCCCUGAAUCCUGCCCACAUGCUCCUUGACUGCUGAUGAAUGGAGAAGAAGAGAGCUUAAAAGUAGUCAAACAGAAGAAAAAAAGCAACUACAUAUCCACAUGAAGUCUAGGGGUGGGAUUGGCUACAUUUCUCCUCCAAUACUUGACCCUUCCAUGGUGGUUCCCUUCCCUCUUUGGGGAAUGUGGAUGUGGUUGAAUGCUAGCAGGAAAGGUACUAGCGAGGGAGCAAGCUGUGUGAGUAAACAGACGACUCUGAGUGUGUGUGAGUGUAUGUGUGUGUGUGUGUGUGUGUGCGGUUUUUCACCGUGGGGUGUGUCUAUAAGAACUAGCUGCUUUAGACCCUCCCUGGCACAUAGUAGGCCCUCCAUAAAUGUUAGGUAAAUGGAUGAAUGGAAGGAAGGAUGGAAGGAAGAAAGAAGUAAAUAGGGAUUGGGACCUCCAGUAGGAGUUAUGUCAGGUCAGCGUACCCACUCUGACCAUGUGUGUAAGUGCACAAAAUGUGAUUGUAGAUGUAGCUCCGUAUAUGAACCUUCAGGCUACCGUCUUCCAUAAGCAUGAGUUGUUCUGGGGAGUUCUAGGGAGUUAAGGAGGGUGUCUUGCCCUGAAUACCUACACCCCGGCCCACCACAGGCACAUGUUCUGAUUUGCUCAGCCAGAGGUGCCUAGGAACUGUCAUUUCACUCAUCCCUCUGCCUCAGGAAAGCCUGAUUAUAGACAGCCUCUUGAGACCUGGGGGUGAUCCCUCAUGUCCACAAAGGUCCUCUGGUCCUUAAACUGGGAAUCAUACACUCCAAUAUAGCUCCCAGAAUCUAUAGACUUGGCUCUCAGGAUCUGAAGCCCAGCACAAAAUAAUCCUCCAAUCCAAGGAGCCAGUGGAACUUGAAUUGGGGAACUCCAGAGUCUUUUCUCCCAUCCCAGGACACUGAAGAUGUGUUGCUAGUGAAUGGACUCUUCUAGGCUUGGAAAGCCCCCACCCUGCAAAGACCUGCCUCCUUCCCAGCCAUCCCUGAGACAUUCCAGCUGGUUGGAUAGCUAUCCACAGAGAACCUGUUGAUUUGACACUGCAUUAUUCAGCACUGCCAUGCCCAGCUCUGUGCCCAGAUCCACAGGUGGGGAAACUGAGGCAGAGGCAGGGCCCUCCCCUCCAAGAGCCUCUACACUAGGAGGCCAGGAUGGAGAAACAGGAAGGGCCUGAGGAUCAUCCAGUCUCAGGAUCAUCCAGUCUCACAGAAUCAUCUGUGUACCUAGGAGGAAACGGAAGCCCAAAGGAAAGGAGGGAGAAACUGUUCAAGUCCUCACAGCAAGGCUUUUGUGGAGCUGGAGUAGAAACCAGGGGUCCUGACUCCCACCUCAGGGCCCGUGGAUUGCUACAUAGGGAGGUGAGAUGCAUGUAGAAAGCCGGUCUGACAGCCCCUCUCUAGGGCACAACUGUUCCUGCUUUGAGCAAGGACUUCUAGUGAAUGUCAGAGUACCCCACUGCCUCUCAGGGCAGCUGGGGCUGUCUGCUGAGCCAAGCCUCCAAAAUCACAUCCCUCUCAGUGGCCCAGCAGCUGCCUGAUCUCUGGGGAAGCAUAUGAGGCUCCUGGGCCCAGCCAGCUGGACCUGGGACCGCUGCCUCUGGAGAAGUUCCCAAGGGAAACACUGACCCCGCAGCUUUGCUGGACGCUCUGGGCUAGGGUGGGGUCCAGGGAUCAGAGAUUCCCUCGGGGAGGACUGAGAACUGGAAGGUGGGUUCUAAGCUGUGGCCAGUGCUGACUGCAGAGGGGGUGGGGAGAUGGGAAAUCUAUUUUUGUGAAACAGAGGGAAGACUUUAUUAUUGUUAUUUUUUGGUAAAAUAAAGGAGGCAAACUAAAGCGACA